UGCUAGACAAUGAGAUGUAUGCCAGAUACAGAUAUACGAAUGGUGGAAUAGAUUAUCUAGAGGAUUUGCUGAAGGAAUCGCUGGAAAGAACGACAAGAAGAAACAGAGCACUUACUGUUAGACAGAUGAUUCUGAUUACGUUGCGCUUCUUCGCCACAGGAGCAUUUUUUAACAUCAUUGGUGAUAGCAUGGGCUACCACAAGUGCACUGUGUCACGUGUUGUAGCCCAAGUAACAGAAGCAAUUUGUGGUCACAUACAUCAGUUUGUGAUGUGGCCUGAUGCCAAUGCUCGAGCAUGGAAUAUGACAGAAUUUUUUAAGAAAGCUGGUUUCCCGAAUGUUGUUGGAUGUGUAGACGGAACACAUAUCCGAAUCCAGGCGCCAUCCGAAGACGAACCAGCCUUCGUGAAUAGGAAAGGCUUCCAUAGCAUCAACAUGCAGGCUGUAUGUGACAUCAAAGGAAAAUUUACAAGUGUAAAUGCAAGCUGGCCUGGGUCGUGCCACGACGCGCACGUCUUCAGAACGUCGGGAUUGGCAGCCAAACUGACCAUUGAACAUGUGGCGUUUUCAGAUGGUGUCCUUUUAGGAGACAGUGGAUACGCCUCAGACCAGAAAAGGCAUGCAAGGUAGCUGUGGCAUGUGUAAUCCUACAUAAUAUUGCAGUGGACAUGAACAUGCCUAUGGACGACGAUGAGUUCAUUCAGCCACAGAAUGGGAAUGAUGGAGUACACCAAGAUGGUGGUACUGGCGUUGCCACUAGAGACUUCAUUGUGGAAAACUUCUUCUCUGUGUAGUAUCGAUAUAUAUACCACUGCUAUCAUAAAUGCUCGUUCAUCAUCACCACUGCUCGUUCUUCAUCACCACUGCUCAUUCUUCAUCACCACUGUUAGUUCACCACUGUUAGUUCAUCAUCACCACUGUUAGUUAAUCAUCACCACUGUUAGUUUAUCAUCAUCGCUGUUAGAUUAUCAACAUCUUCAUACACCUCUUGAAGUAAAAAAUAAUAAUUCUUACAUUGUUUGCUCUUCAUUCAUAAUUGUUUGUGUAUUGUGUAAAGGCACUUAUUAAUGAAAAACAACACCGGUUGGAUACAUGGAUUUUUUACGUGCUCACUUUAUUUUG